AUGAAAUCAAAGUCCCCUAUGGAAUCAAGCUGGGAUCCCAUACCACCCAUACCAUAUCUCAGUGAGAAAACAAUUUGUACGGAUAAAGCUUUCCAACUCUGGAGUGAAGAUUCGCGUGCGACUUUACGGACGAGUCAUUACAAAUUUCGCAUCGACGCAGGAAACAUCCAAAUGAUUCGUCGUGAGAAUCGUUUGCGGCGGGAGUACAUUUACAGAAAAAGUUUGGAGGAGAAGCAACGAGCUGUAGAAGAGAAACGGGAGAAGAUCAGGGACGCUUUGGAGAACAACAAGAAAAUUGACACAUCAUUACGAAAAGAGGCCAUCGAACUUGCUAAGGGUGCAGAAUGGGGCGGACAGAUCAUGUCUGUCGAUGAUGAGUAUCGCUGGGCUGGAACAAAAGAUCCGAAAAUCGUAAUUACUACAAGCAGAGACCCAUCGAGCAAGCUGAAGGUUUUUGUGAAGGAAAUGAAACUGAUUUUUCCGAAUGCACAGAGGUUGAACAGAGGUCAUUACGAUGUCAAGCAACUCGUACAAGCUUGUAGAGCGAAUGAUGUUACUGAUUUCAUUAUGUUAACUGAAACUCGAGGUAAUCCUGACGGAAUGGUGGUUUGUCAUCUUCCUUUCGGUCCCACUGCUUACUUUACCAUGGCUAAUGUCGUAAUGCGGCAUGAUAUACCUGACAGAGAAGCUGUUAGUGAACAGUAUCCUCAUCUGAUUUUCCAUAAUCUUGGCAGCCGCUUGGGACAAAGGUUUACUUCGAUACUGAAGUAUCUGUUUCCUGUACCGAAAGAAAGCUCUAAAAGGGUGAUCACAUUUGCGAACACCGAUGAUUUCAUAUCUUUUCGACAUCACACAUUUACGACGGCACAAGGGGGCGAAAUCGAAUUGAAGGAGGUUGGACCACGGUUUGAACUACGACCUUACGCCAUCAAGCUGGGAACUUUGGAAAACAUAGCAGCAGCAGAAGACGAAUGGGUACUUCGGUCAUUCAUGAACACUUCGAGGAAGAGACAAUUGCUGAGCAGUAAGGAGGAGGACAGCGAUGAAGAAACCUAGUCAUUUCGUGUUUCAUUGUUAGUUGUUGUUGUUUUUGUUGACUCCCUGUUAUCUCUCGAAUCAAUAAAUUUUCCUAAUUCU